UUUUUGUUUCUUUGUCAUAGGUUGAUCUUCUCUGACAAAAAUUCUAGAAACUUGUUUUUGUUUCUGAUUCUGAAUCUGUCCUUUGCUUUUGUUGAGCUUUUGUAUGGAGUGUGGACAAACAGCUUAGGUUUGAUAUCAGAUUCCUUUCAUAUGUUCUUUGACUGUACUGCCUUGUUGGCAGGGCUAGCUGCUUCUGUGAUAACCAAGUGGAGAGCCAAUGAUAGAUUUUCCUAUGGGUAUGUUCGUGCUGAAGUUCUUGCAGGAUUUGUUAAUGGGCUUUUCCUGUUGUUUAUUGCAUUUUUCAUAUUCUCAGAAGCUGUUGAGAGAGCUAUUGAGCCACCAGAAGUCAAGCAUGAAAGAUUAUUUUUGGUGUCUGUUCUUGGGUUUUUUGUGAAUCUGAUAGGGAUAUUUGCCUUUCAACAUGGACACGGACAUGGACAUUCUCAUGGAGGAGGACAUACACAUGAUCACUCACAUUCACAUAGUCAUGGACAUGGACAUAGUCAUGGUUUUGGAUUGGAGGAUGAUAAGCAUCAGGAUGAACACAAGUCAACUGCAGCCCCACAAAGUCAGAUUAUGGAAGGUGUAUUUCUUCAUAUUCUUGCCGAUACCUUGGGCAGUGUGGGAGUCAUUAUGUCAGCUAUUCUGAUGAAUCAGUUUGGGUGGAUGAUUGCUGAUCCUAUCUGUUCAAUGUUUAUAGCUACAUUGAUUGGUUUUAGUGUUUUACCUCUGUUGAAAAAUUCUAUUUGUGUUCUGAUGCAAAGAACUCCCUUUGAGCUGGACAAAUUACUCCCAUCUUGUUAUCAAAAAGUAAUGCAGUUAGAGGGUGUGUACAGUGUACAAGAGCCUCACUUUUGGACCUUGUGCAGUGAUGUUUUUAUUGGAACUUUGAAAUUGGAGGUAGCCACCAAUGCAGAUGCAAAGUACAUUCUUAGUCAUACUCACAAUAUCUUCACCCAGGUGGGGGUUCGACAACUGUAUGUACAGAUAGAUUAUGCAGCCAUGUGAGGAUAAAUUUUAGACAUGAUGGAAUAUCUUCUGGUAAACUCUGGUGCUUCCAGUCUCUCUUCUUAUAGAAAAAAAUCAUUCCAAUCUCAGAUCUUUAUUUUUUGUGAGUUUCAUCUUUUUUCUUAACUCUGGGAUCAGCCAUACCUUGAUAUAAAAGUAUUAACAAGUUCUGAGAAACUGAGGGAAAAAAAAACAUGGAUUUUACAAGAAACUUGGCUAUUAGUUGUGAAAGAUUAAUAGUAUAAAAUUGUUGAAAGAAACAAGAUUGUCUUAUAUAAUAUGUUUUAUUGUUGUUGUAUUUGUCUGUCUGGACCAGUUGUUGCAUAUAUAUAUAUAUAAAUGUAUGCUUGUUAUGGAAGUUUCCAUAUUGUUUGUAAGGUUUUAGAUAGUGCAACAGGAUAUGGUGUAAAAAAAUUCCAGUCUUGUUUUUGUGUUUUACAAUAUCUUGCUUUUAAAGUUAUAUUACUUAACUUAAAAUACUUCAAAAAAAUUUUUAAUGUUAAUACUUGUACAAAUUAUUAAGAAAUGACAAAUAGAAAAUUACUAUAAAACAUUUGUAUCAGUUGAAUAGUUUUGUAAUGGAUGCUUCUGCUUUCUCUAUGUUUUUGGAGAUAAGGCAAAAGUAUCAGUGUCUAGUUUUGGAGAAAAUGUUUUGAACUGUACUGAUGGAACAACUUUGCAUAGAGUCCAAUACUAGACGGAAAGCAGAAGCAGCCAUAUGAAACUAUUAAACUUGUCGACAUGCUGUUGAAAAUUAUUCUUAAAAUAACAUUUGUACUAUUUUUAUUACUGUGAACUGCUAAUUAAUAUGCAUUUUAUUCUUUCAAAAAAUAAGAGUGCAUAUUAUUACAUAAUUGUGACAGUUUUUUUUUUUGUUUUCAAAAUGAUUUUAUAUCUUGUGCACUAUUAACCAGAAUAUGUUGGUGGGCUAAUUCAACUGUUUACUAUCAGUUGGUUCUUCAACAGUUGAACUUUCUAACUGCUGGACAAUAUUGCUUGACUACAGAAGAACACAUGUAGAGAAUGCAUCACGUACAGAUCACUGGAAUUUUUAAGAAAAGCGUAAAGUACUGAUCACUGGACUUGAGAAAGAAUCAAUUACUGAUCACUGGACUCGAGAAACAUUAAGUAUUGAUCAUCAAACUUUCCAGAUAAAUACUAAUUAUGUCCCCUAGCUAAAAAUAAUAUUUUUAAACACUGAGUUUAUGGUUUUGUAAUAUUAACUAGUUUGAUAUUAAAUUAUCACAUAGUUCCAACACCAGAAGUUUUGGGGAAAUUUCCUCCACUUCACGUUUAUUUCAAUUUCUUUACAUUUUUAUUCCAGCUAAAUAUUAGAUGUGAUAUUGUUAAUAUCUAAUAUGGAUGUAUUAAACUUAAACCUAUAGUAAGUUAUACUUCUUGUAUGGUAAUUACUUUUAAAAUUUUAAUUUUGACCAGUUGCUUUGUUUUGUUGUAAUUUUGAUAAUGUAACCAAUUAUAAAACAUAGCAGUAUUACUGAGAACAUUCAGUGUAUUAAAUGUAACAGUUGCAGUAAUAUGAUUCCUUGUGACAGCUUAUGAAUGGCUUCUUUUUUUUGAUAUUAAUCAGUGUAGACAUACUACAUGUUGUACACCCUGUUUCCCAGAGUUUAAUAUAACUACAACUUUCAUAAAGGUGUUUCUCAAAAGAAAAAUAUUUCUGGCUGCAAUAGAUGUGUUUGCAGUUUCUUGAACUAAAGAAUUUGUAUUGAUAGUAAUUUAUUAAUCUUUGUUUUUAAAAUAAAAUGAUUUUUUAAGCUGAAAUAGUUUAACUCUUCCAACACUGGGUCGGUCAAUUUGACCGAGUCACGUGACCUUCUGUACUCGUUUAAAGUUGACAUAAAUUUAAUACUUAUAACUCUCAAUAUAUUGGGUAUAUCUUCACGAAAUUUGUCAGUCUUUCAGU